CCGGAAGAGGCGGGUGCCAUGGAAACGGCGUACACAUCCCCGGGGCUUCUCCUCGCCCGGGCCCUGCUGAGGCGGGGGCGCAGAUUGUUUAUUUGAAGACUGUCCCCGAUACUGAAGAGAUUAUGGUCACAGUAACCUUGCAUCAUUUUGGAUUCUACAGCAGGCAUUGUGUUGGCAUCGCUGUAGUAGUCUAGGAAAAGGACAAGGCACCCAUGGUACCUUUAUCAGUUAGGAUGGAUGCAGUAGAAAAGAGAGUCCAUGCAUUUGUGCGGGUCAAGCCAACAGCCGAAUUUGCUCAAGAUAUGAUCAAGUUUGGGCCAGACAACAAGAGCAUAGCUAUAUACAUCAAAAAAGAUGCCAAGAAAGGAGUUGUGAAUAACAGGCAGACUGACUGGGCCUUUAGACUGGACGGUGUCCUUCACAAUACCUCCCAGGAACUGGCAUAUGAGACUGUGGCUAAGAAAGUGGUGUCUGAAGCUUUAGUUGGCUAUAACGGCACGAUAAUGUGCUAUGGACAAACGGGGGCUGGUAAAACUUACACAAUGACGGGAGCAACUGCUGAGUAUGAGCAUCGAGGAAUCAUACCCCGAGCUAUACAGCAGGUCUUCAAAGCGACUGCACAUUCUGUUGAUCCAUUCAAGGUCCGAAUAUCCUACCUGGAAAUCUACAAUGAGACCUUGUUUGACCUUCUGUCCACGAUGACAAGCAGUGGGACCAGUGACAUGCAGAUGGCUGUAGUGGAUUGCCCACAGGGUGUUUAUGUGAAGGGCUUAUCUAUACAUUCGGUUAGCCAUGAGGAAGAUGCUCUAAAUCUCUUUUUUGAGGGCGAGACCAACAGAGUGAUAGCAGAGCACACACUGAAUAAGAACUCAUCCAGAUCUCAUUGCAUCUUUACUAUUUAUAUUGAGUCUCGUUUCAGACUUUUCUCAGAUGUCAAAUGUGUGAACUCGAAGAUCAAUUUAAUAGAUCUGGCAGGCUCAGAGAGACUGAGCAAGACUGGAUCUGAAGGACAGGUUCUGAAAGAAGCCACCUAUAUCAACAAGUCUCUGUCAUUCCUUGAGCAAAUCGUCAUUGCCCUGGCUGAUCCCAAGAGGGACCACAUUCCCUUCCGGCAGAGCAAGCUCACACACGUUCUCAAGGACUCACUGGGGGGAAACUGCAAUACUGUCCUAGUGGCAAAUAUCUGUGGGGAAGCUGUGCAUGUGGAGGAGACUUUGUCUUCUCUUCGUUUUGCUACCAGAAUGAAAUGGAUCACAACAGAGCCAGUCCUCAAUGAGACCUGUGACCGAGAGGGGACAGUGAAGGCUUUGGAGAAGGAGAUUAUUCUUCUGAAGCAGGAACUGGCCAUGCAUGACAGCUUGGCAAAUCAUUCUUUGGUGAGUUACGACCCUCUGACUGACAUCCAGAUAGCAGAGAUUAAGUCUCAAGUCCAUAAAUACCUAAAAGGAGCCACUGAUGAAAUUGAUAUAGUGAACAUCAGGCAAGUCCAGGAGGUAUUUAAGCAGUUCAAACUGGUCGUAAGUCAACAGGAGCAUGAUGUGGAGGCCAGAUUACGAAGCAAGUAUGUUCUGAUAGACAAAAAUGACUUUGCUGCUGUUGCUGCUGCUCAUAAGGCAGGUGUGGUUGAUGUGGAUGGCCAUUUGGUGCAGGAAGAGUAUGGACAGACUUUUGGGACUAGAAUUUCUCCUUUUUCAUCCAGACAUGGUGGGAAGAAGAAAUCCAGGAAAAGCAAUGAGCAGCCCAAGAAGGAAGGAGCCGGGAGCUGUCUUUCUGGGAGAGAUCAGGAUAUUUAUUUACCAUCAAAAAGCCAGGUAGUAAUUUCUGCCGAGGACCUGGAUGUGAAAGAGGGAGCAAGGAACCAGGAUACAGCAAAUGUUGAUGCAGAGCUCUCAAAGCCACCUCCCAUGGAGGAUUCCCAGCAGCCCAGCUCCCCUCCACCCAAGCCAGUGGCAUUUGAGCAGUUCAAGGAGGAGUGUGGAAGUGAGAUCAACCGGAUCUUUAAAGAGAACAAAAGCAUCCUCCUUGCCAGGAAGAAGAGAAGCAGUACAGUAGCGCAGAGGAUCAACUUCAUCAAGCAUGAGAUGGAGGGCAUCAAAAAGGCUCUGGAGGCUCAGAAGCAGGAGCGGUGGCAGCAGGGAGAGUACGUUGACGAGAAAGGACAGAUCAUAAUUGAUGAGAAGGAGUUUUCACUCAUCAUGAAACUGAAAGACCUGAAGGAAGAGUAUAGGUCUGGUUAUGCUGAACUGCAGGACCUGAAGGCAGAAAUCCAGUACUGCCAGCAUCUGGUGGACCAGUGCCGGAACAAACUUGUCUCAGAGUUCGAGAUCUGGUACAACGAGUCCUUCCUUAUUCCCAAGGAUGUGCAGGAAGCUCUGAAGCCAGGUGGCAACAUCAGACCUGGAAUGAUUCUCAUAAACAGAGUCAUGUGCCUGGAGGAAGAUGAGCAGGAGAGGUUCGAGCGCAUGCAGGAGAGAACGCUACCAGACUGCCCAGCUUCAGUCUCAUUCUACAAGGCAAAAAUGAGGAUGGAUCAAAAGCACACAUACACCAGAGCCAUGUCAUCCCUCGAGCAAAUGCGCAAGAAACCCGGGCUCAUCACAGCUGCUGGGAAGAAUAAACCCCUGUCAUUUCUGCACGUCACAUAGCAGAUUUGGGCUCAGCCUGGAACCCAGCAUUCAAUAACCAACCUUGGAAAGUGCCUCGCAUUCAUGUCCACAACAGAUUUCUCAAAAUAAACAGUAGGAAAAAAACCAAAACGCACCCAACUUUUGUGCAGCUACACUGACAGUUAUUGGUAAUCAGACCCUCUGUUUAGACAGGAAGCAAGCCAGGGAGUUCAAAUGGCAAUGCUUGUUUUUCUGAGUGUCUCUGGAAAAUGCAGUGUCACGACAGAGAGGUGUGCUGUGGACAACCCAGGCUGCUUCUUCGUCCCUCCUCCCCAGUGCCGGAGGCAAGAGCCUCCUGGGCUUGCUACUGACAGAGUGUCAAGUCAUGUCUUUGCUAGUUUGAUGCUCUCAGGGUGGAUCCUGAGAAGCCAAGUCUGGGUGAGAGCAAGUCCUCCCUUGGAUGGAAGCAGCCCUGGGGCGUUUGCCCUCCUGGACAGAGGAAGGGGCUGCAGGGGUGCACACAACAGAGAAGUGUUUAUCACCUGUCUGGCGUUAGAUGAGGCAGCGUUGAUUUAUGGCAGCCUCCCCACCCCAGCGCAGCAGGAAUAGGGCAGCGUUUGCCCACUGCUUUCCAGGAAGGUGAUUCAAAUCCAGGGUGAGACUGUGGGCCCAGCACCUGGAAAGCUCCCGAGGAUACCGUGCUGCUUCACCAGGCUGUUGUUACCUUCACCCCCCGAGCAGAGCAUGCUGAAGGCCUGCUGGAAGUCCUCCUCCUCUUCCUCUAGUACCAGGGAGGUGUGGGGCAGACUCCAGCUUGGCACAUGCCACGGAAGGCUGCAUAGCAACCAUCGGGCCAAGAGGGUCCCAUCUCCUCCUGCUGCAGAUGGUUCACGGCCACACCAGUCCUGCCAGGGCAGCGCUGGGGCUUUUCCCGUGAUUUACCUGAAAUGUCGAGAGAUGUGAGAUCUCACAGGGCUCCCUCAACACCCAGCUUGCCCAGGGCGCAGGGCGAGUCGCACGCAUGAGCUGGCUGUGUCACUGGGUGCUGUGAUGCCUGGGUGCCACGAUGUCUGGAUCCACCUGGAGAAGGUAAUGAAACAACAAAAAUUAAUUUAAUACCCACCUGGAUAAUGACAGCAGCACGCACCCUCUCGGGCAGCUCUGGUGAUGGCAGGCAGCACUUCCUCAGGCCUCACGCACCAUCAGCGUUGGCUCGCCUGCUGCUCCUCUCAGUGCCUGUACUACAGCUGUGGCUCUGAGGAGCGAUGUGUGGAUGUGGGCCCGUAUAUAUGUAUGUAUAUAUGUGCUGGUCAAGCUGCAGGCUUGGCUUAAAGGGGCUCUGGGGUCCAGGUCCUCCUCGGAGUUCCUGUUUUUUCUCUCUGCAAGGAAUAAAAGUGUCAGCCACAAUUUUUAUAUCUACUACACGUUUGGGGCAGCUCUCGGUGCUUGCCCUCUGCCACUGCAGCCAGCGGGUGCCACUCGCUGGAGCAGCGAACGCGCAGGGUCCAAUCUGUGUUUGGAGCUGCUGCAGGCAGGAAUCGCUUCUUUAUCCCUCUGGGAGGUUGUGGAGCCCCGAGAGCUUCGAAAUUAUUUGGGGAGCUGUAAGAAUAAUACUGAAAGCCCCAAAAUGUAGCACCUGUGCUCUGCGGCUGCCAGGAACACCCUGGCCGAUGCCUGGCAAAUCACUAGGAUUGCUGGAAAACCUGCUGGCAUGUCACUGGAGUUACUGGAAAACCUGCGGGCACUUAGUUGGAGCUUUACGGGGUAAUGCUGGCUGGGCCCCGCCGAGGGAGGGGAUGGGGGACAAACAGCCCCCACUGCCAAAACUGGCACUAGCCAUGGCAGUAGCAUCCCUGAAUUCAAGCAUCCCAGGUUGGAGGUUUUCCACAUGCCAUCCCCAUUUACGUGGAAUGCUGGGAAAAUUAAUUAGUCCAAGCUGUUCAGUUUGAUUUAAUUUGUUGCAGCUCACUUCUGUUACUGUAACGGCACCUGCUGCCCAGAAGUGCUGUGGGCAACAGCCUAGAAACCACCUUUUCUUUGUGAUUAUCAAUUCCCAAAGGCUUAAAAAGCUGCUGAAGUUCAACCCAGGCUGAAUUUCCCAAGGAAACGCUUCCACAGGAACUGAGCUAAGCCUUCCCCUGUACUUCCACAUGGGUGCUGCUCGGCAGUGGGUCGCGGUGGUCCCUGUGGCCCUGCUGCCUGCGCCGUGGUCCCAGACCUGGCAAAAAUAGGCAAGAAAACUCAACCUUGGGUGCUGCAAGUGUGGUUUUGAGGCUCCUGUGGGAGCGGGUGUGUGUCCGGGGUGCUCCAUCCAUGCCUCAUCGGUGGGGCUCACCCUCGGCUGGGAAGCCAGUGAAAUAAAACAGUCGGUGAAGGGACCAGGGCAGUUUUGAGUGAUUUUUUGGUGUUUCUCUCCCAAACGCGGCUGGGCGCUGGCACGGCCUGGGGACAGGCACCGCCCUGGGGUGCAGAGACCCUUGGAGCAGGGGAGCGGGGUGGGCACGGGACAGCAGGGCUGUGCCAGGUGGGAUCCGGGGGCAGAUCCCAGGGCUGUCCUGAGGUGCCACUGACCUGGGAGUGAUCCUGGGGUGCUAGUGAUCCUGGGGUACCAGGAAUCCCACAGGUGUUGGUGUCCUGUGGUGCCAGUGUCUAGGGGUGUGGGUGAUCCCACGGGUGAUCCCAGAGGUUUGGGUGAUCCUGGGGAUCAUCCCGGGGGUGAUGUUGGGUGAUCCCAGGGUGCUUAUGUUCUGGGUUUCAGGUGAUCCUGAGGUGCUGGUGCCCCAGGGUAUGGGAAAUCCUCGGGUUGUUGGUGAUACCAGAAUCCCAGGGUGCUGGUGUCCUGAGCGGGAACCUGGUGAUCCCUUGCUUGAUCCUGGUGAUCCUGGUGAGAUCUUGGUGUGGUCCCAGUGAUCCCAGGGGUGAUUCCGAGGAGAUCCCAGUGGCCCUGUGGGCUGAUCCCGGGGGUGAUCCUGAAGAGAUCGCAGAAGUCUCAUGAGCUGAUCCUGGGGGGGAUUCCAAGGAGAUCUUGGCACCCUGUGGUUGAUCCAGGAGCUGAUCCCGAGGAGAUCCCAGUGGCCUUGUAGGCUGAUCCCAGGGGUGAUCCCGAGGAGAUCCCAGCAGUCUCAUGAGCUGACCCUGGGGGUGAUCCCGAGGAGACAGACUCCGGCGGCCCUGUGGGCCGAUCCCGGGGGUGAUCCCGGCGACCCCGCGGGCUAAUCCCGGUGCGCGGUGUGGGCCCCGCCGGCGAUCCCGCGGCCGAUCCCCCCCGGCCCGAUCGCGGGGGGCUCCCGCGGCCGGCGCCGGUCGGGGGGAGCGGAGCGGAGCGGAGCGGCGGCGGGCUGGGAGCGGCGGCGCGGCGGCGCGGCGGGGAGGAGCCGUGCGGCCGGGGCGGACUCGGCGGUGGGCGGCGGGCGGCGGGCAGGGCAGGGCAGGGCACGGCGCGGAUGGCGGGGCCCCGCCGGCGGCCGCUGCAGCGCGGGGCCCGCCGGAGGAUGUGAGGCGGCGGCGGCGGAGCCGAGCCCCCGCCGGGCUCGGAGGGCGGAGAGGGGCCUCCCCCGCGGCCCGGCCCGCCCGAGGGGCCGCGCCGGCCCCCGACAGCGCCCGCCCGACCAUGGGGGACUUCUACGACCCGGAGCACCCCACCCCGGAGUAAG